AACCGACAACUGUCAAACACCAUCACAAAACAAAAAUUUACAAGUCAUCGGUAAAGCUGAAAAAAUUUGCAAAAUUUAUAAAAAAAUAUUGUUUAAAGUUAAUAAAGAUAAUAACAGAAUUUAUAUUUAGCUGCAUUGAAACUUGUUAAAUAAACGAUUCAUUAAUAAUGGCCGCAACAUUGGAAGACAAAUCAAUAUGGGAAGAUGGUGAAGAACUGGGCGAGGAAGUGAUGCGUAUGUCCACGGAUGAAAUUGUUAGCAGGACACGCUUGAUGGACAAUGAGAUAAAAAUAAUGAAGAGUGAGCUUAUGCGUAUAACCCAUGAAAUACAGGCUCAAAAUGAUAAAAUUAAGGAUAACACUGAAAAAAUAAAGGUUAAUAAAACAUUGCCCUAUUUAGUGUCAAAUGUUAUUGAACUUUUGGAUAUGGAAGCCCAAGAAGACGAAGAUGACGGUGCCGUACAAGUGUUGGACAAUCAACGCAAGGGAAAGUGUGCUGUAAUUAAAACAUCCACACGUCAGGCCUACUUUUUGCCAGUCAUUGGUCUUGUAGAUGCAGAAAAAUUGAAACCUGGUGAUUUGGUUGGUGUCAACAAAGAUUCCUACUUGAUAUUAGAGACUUUGCCAGCCGAAUACGAUGCUCGUGUUAAGGCCAUGGAAGUAGAUGAACGUCCAACAGAACAGUACUCUGAUAUUGGUGGUUUGGACAAGCAAAUCCAAGAGUUAAUUGAAGCUGUCGUUCUGCCCAUGACGCAUAAAGAAAAAUUCAAAAAUUUAGGUAUUCACCCACCCAAGGGAGUUUUGUUGUAUGGACCACCUGGUACGGGAAAAACUCUAUUAGCUCGUGCAUGUGCCGCUCAAACGAAAUCCACAUUCUUAAAGUUGGCUGGUCCACAAUUGGUGCAGAUGUUUAUUGGUGAUGGUGCCAAAUUAGUCAGAGAUGCUUUUGCCCUAGCUAAAGAAAAGGCUCCAGCAAUUAUAUUCAUUGAUGAACUGGAUGCUAUUGGUACAAAACGUUUCGAUUCCGAGAAGGCCGGUGAUCGUGAGGUACAACGUACUAUGUUGGAGUUGCUUAAUCAGCUUGAUGGUUUCAGUUCGACUGCCGACAUUAAAGUUAUUGCUGCCACAAACCGUGUAGACAUUUUGGAUCCUGCCCUCUUGCGUUCAGGUCGUUUGGAUAGGAAAAUUGAAUUUCCCCAUCCUAACGAGGAGGCUCGUGCCCGCAUUAUGCAAAUCCAUUCACGUAAAAUGAAUGUCAGCAGUGAUGUUAAUUUUGAAGAAUUGGCAAGGUCCACUGAUGAUUUCAAUGGUGCCCAAUGUAAGGCUGUUUGCGUUGAAGCCGGCAUGAUUGCUUUGCGUCGUUCAGCAACUCAGGUGACUCAUGAAGAUUUCAUGGAUGCCAUUAUGGAGGUACAAGCCAAGAAGAAGGCCAAUUUGAAUUAUUAUGCUUAGUUUCAUAACAAGCAUACAAAAAUCUAUAUUAUCAUCUAUAAAUGUAACAUUAAAAAUCGCGCUUAAAAUUACUACUUUUUUUUAAUAUAAUUAUUUUAUUAUAAAAUUAAUAAAAAAGAAAACACAUAGUAAA